AUGUCAGAGAUUUCAGAAAUUUCCUUUUUGGCUCGGAUUGACAAGGCGAUUUCCUCUUAUUUUGAAGACAAACCGGCAUUAUGGUCGUAUGAUAGCUUUCUUGAAAAAAUGAAGCCUUUAAUUAUGGAAGAUGAAAAUGUUGCUGAACUUUCAGCACUUUGGAGAAAAAGAUUUUUGACAGCACUGAAGAAAAUUAGUAAUGAUGAAAAAAAAGAUGAGCAAAAAUUGAUUCCAACUAAUACAAGGUUCUGGAAAAAGGCAAAAAUGGAAAAAAACCGCAUAAGCUCUGAAGCUAAACUUCAACAUAAAAAGUCCAUAUUCAUAUUCAACUCGCAGAUUGAUGCGUUAGAUGUACUGGAAAUUGCACGAACAUUGCAAACUGUUCAGGCUACUAAUGAGCUUGACCAACAUAUCAAUACAACAACCAGUAAUAAUGUCAAGCUAGUGACUAAUGAAGUUGUUGAACAACCAUCUGCUGAAUGUUCCAAUAUUCUUCAACGAAAAGAUGAUGAAUCCAAUGAUAUUGUGUUACAGGAAUCUGAUAAAAACAAAGUAGUUAAACGGCAGGCAUCAGAAUUACAAACCAAAGCCAAAAAAACUAAGGUUGUAAUUGAUUUGACGCAGGAUGAUAAUAUGGAAGAUCGACGAUUAUUAUUAAAAGAACGUCAAUUAGAAAUUGAAGAGCGUGAAAUCAAACUUGAGCGUGAAAAGCUAGAACUUCUAAAAUUAAAACGUGAACUUAAUAUACAAUAA